AUGAAAGACAAGGAAAACUGGGUGAACAUGUAUGUUUACAAACAUGCCCAUUUUGGCAAUCGCAUGUCAAACCGUGUAGAAAGUGCCCAUGCUUCUCUCAAGCAUUCUUUUGGUACUUCUCCGGGUAAACUGAAGACAGUUACCCUUAAAGUUGCAGAUCGCAAGCAUCGGCUAAUGGUGGAAAGCCUUGGAGAAGAAACAAAAAUUGUGUUUGAUAAAGUCAAUGCCACCAGACUAAAUGAUGUCCGUCUUAAAGUCUGUAGAUUUGCAAUGGAUCAAAUCAAAUUAGAAUUAUCCAAAUCCAUUAUACCCAAAAAACUAGCCAAAGAGUGCAAAUGCCUCAUACAAUACAACUACCUGCUUCCUUGUUACCACACACUUGCCAAAUUCGAUACCAUCCCAAUCUCCUGCAUCCCAAGACGCUGGAGAAAAAACUAUCUAGAAGAAGAAAAAAAAGAACAAAAAAAACAAAAAAUAUCCUCAGCUAAAGAGCAAAAAGCCAUAAAAAAUAUUAUCAACCUUGGGUCACCAUGCGAUCCCACAUUACUAACAAAUCUCACAAUCGCACCAAAACAUAUAUCAACAAUCUUUUCUCCUGAAGCAGACAGAAAUUGUGGGUACAGGGCGAUAGCAAUGGAAGUGUACCAGGACCAGGAGGAGUGGUCAAAAGUAAAAGACAAAAUGCUAGAAACAUUUUUAAAGCACCAAAACAACUACUACCACGGAAGAAUGGAGCAUGGUAAUAUGCCUGCAUCCAAUAACCCACUAAUUCACAGUCUCCAAGACAAGUGCUCACCUCUCCCCCAGCAACAUUGGUUCGGUACAAUCGACCAUCCUCAACUUGUAGCCAAUAUAUUUAGCAGAGCAGUGGCUGUAUAUUGGAAUACUCCAAUUGAAACAGGCUACUGUCUUUUUGUUUCAUUUGCUACCUUGCCAGAAAAAGUGGAACCAAUAAUUAUUAUCUUAGAUAUAAACCACUUUCUUCUUGCCAAGCACAAAAACACUCGAAAUUUCUGCUGGCCAAAAAUCAACCCCUUUCAUAAAAGAAUAAUUCAAAAACAUGGCCUUGAAGAUUAUUCUUUGAUGUACUAA